UGUUGUUGUUGUUGACUUGCUUGUUGUUAAACAGAGAUAAGAUUCCCCAAUUUCAAAAAAAAAAAAAAAUUAUUCUCAAGAUUCUCAAGGACAGAGAAAAAUGGCGACGGACUUCAAAUCUUUACCAGUCAUCGACAUAUCUCCUCUACUGCUCAAGUGUGAUGAUCCCGACAUGGCAGAGGAUGCUGGCGUGGCAGAGGUUGUCCGGCAACUUGAUAGAGCUUGUCGGGAUGCCGGAUUCUUCUACGUGAUAGGUCAUGGGAUCUCAGAGGAUCUUAUCAAUAGAGUGAGAGAGAUCACGCGUGAGUUCUUUAAGCUUCCUUAUGAAGAGAAACUUAAAAUCAAGAUGACUCCAGCUGCUGGCUACAGAGGAUAUCAGAGAAUUGGAGAAAAUGUAACUAAGGGAGUACCAGAUAUCCACGAAGCCAUUGAUUGUUACAAAGAGUUAAAGCAGGGAGAGUAUGGUGAUACAGGAAAGGUUAUGGAAGGUCCAAACCAGUGGCCAGAGAACCCUCAAGAGUUUAAAGAUUUGAUGGAAGAGUAUAUAAAGCUCUGUAUAGAUCUUUCUAGAAAGAUCUUGAGAGGAAUCUCCAUAGCUCUUUGCGGAUCACCUUAUGAGUUUGAAGGAAAGAUGGCUGGUGAUCCUUUUUGGGUGAUGCGUCUUAUUGGCUAUCCAGGUGCUCCUUUCACAAAUGGCAAACCCGAAAAUGAUAUCGGAUGUGGAGCUCACACUGACUAUGGCUUGUUAACUCUUGUGAAUCAAGAUGAUGACAAAACUGCUCUUCAGGUGAAAAACUUGAGUGGUGAUUGGAUAUCAGCAAUUCCAAUCCCUGGAUCAUUUGUUUGCAACAUCGGUGACAUGUUAAAGGUUUUGCUCUUCCCACUCUCGCCAUCUCUUUCUCGAAUAGCCGUUGAUGAGAACCUGGUUUGGAAUCAUAUGCAGAUACUUUCAAACGGAAUAUACGAAUCUACACUUCAUAGAGUGAUCAAUAGCUCUCCUAAAUAUCGUGUCUGUGUCGCAUUCUUCUACGAGACUAACUUCGACGCGGUGGUGGAGCCAUUGGAUGUAUGUAAACAGAAGUACCCUGCUGGGAGAAAAGGAUCCCAAGUUUUCAAAAGAGCUGUCUAUGGAGAGCAUCUGGUAAGCAAAGUCCAGACCAACUUUGCUAUGUAAUGUGAAGAUAGAUCGUCUCACCUUCUUUGUACACUUCUGUGUAAUAAUAAAAAGUUUGAUUUGUAAUAAUAGUAAGGUGCUUCUUCACUUCUGUGUUA